AUGUUCAUUGCAGGGGGUAAAAUCAUUCUGACACUGAUUAUGGCAGAAUGCAUAAUUGGAAUGUUGGGGAACGUGUUCAUUUCACUGGUAAACUUCUCUGAAUCCGUCCAGAACCGAAAGAUCUCCUUAGCUGACCUCAUCCUUACCUGCUUGGCCAUCUCUAGGAUUGGUAAUCUGUUCAUGUUAUUGUUACAGUCGUGUAUAAAAGAACUCCAUCCACAUUUAUAUUCUACUUUUGAAGUAAAAAAACUUGUUCAUAUCCUUUGGAGAAUGACUAAUCACUUGACCAUCUGGUUUGCCACCUGCCUCAGCAUCUUCUACUUCCUCAAGAUAGCCCACUUCUCACACUCCCUCUUCCUCUGGCUUAAGUGGAGAAUGGACAGAGUAGUUCUUGGACUGGUUCUGUUCUCAUUGUUCUUGGUGAUAUUUGAUUUUCUGUGGAUAGAUAAGUUUAUUGGUAUCUUAUUGACUAUCUACAUCACAGAUAAAGGUAACAAGACUUUGAAUUCAGAAGAAAGAAGUAGUUUCCAUGUUAAAAUUCUGUCUCUUGGUAACUUGACCUACUUUAUCCCUUUUGUUCUGUCCCUGACCUCAUUGCUCCUUCUGUUUCUGUCCUUGGUGAGACAUGCUAGAAAUCUGCGGCUCAACGCCAAGGGCUUUGGAGAUGCCAGCACACAGACCCAUAAAAGAGCCAUGAAAAUGGUACUGUCUUUCCUCCUCCUCUUCACAAUUCAUUCUUUUUCCAUACAAUUGAUGUAUUGGACAUCCUUUACAUUUUGGAAGAACAAGUUAAUUAAUUUUCUUGUACUAGUAUUAAAUAUCUUUCCCUCAGGCCACACAUUUCUUCUUAUUCUGGGAAAUGUCAAACUGCGACAGGCAGCCUUGAGGUUACUGUGUCAUCUUAAAAGAUGCUUAAUGCUAUAAUGAGUACUCAAACAGUAUAUUUCGCUUUGUGUUUCUAUGGGGGUGCAAACUGUUGAAAUAUUUACUUAAUGUAUACUAAACUGAUCUUCUGUAAAAAAAAAAAAAAAAAAAGAAAUUAUCAACUCCCAACUUGACUCUCACUGGGAUUAAACAUGACAAUAGGUCUGAUCUGAUUUCAUCAGCAUUUAAAAAAUCAUCUAUUAUUUUUCACUUUAUGUUUGUGUGGGAGCAAACUGUUGAAAUCUUUACUUAAUGUAUGCUAAACUGAUCUUCUGUAUAUAAAGAGAAUCGAAAAUGAAUCCUCAUGUGAAUGGAAGGGGAGAGGGAGUGGGAAAGGGGAGGGAUGCGGGUGGGAGAGACGAUAUGGGGGGGAAGCCAUUGUAAUCCAUAAGCCGUACUUUGGAAAUUUAUAUUCAUUAAAUAAAAGUUAAAAAAAAAAAGAUGCCUGAGAGAGAACAAACGUAUAAGCUUUAUGGGUGGAUUUUCUAGAGCCUUUUCUAAGAGAAUUUCAUAACCAGGUGCCUUUAAGGGUCAUAGCUACUGGCUCAAGUAUUGUUUCAAAGAGAAUUUAAAUUAUUUAAUUUUUCUAUGAAAACAUAGGUCAUUGAAACUCAUGGGUGAAAUGCUAUGUAAUUCUUUAAAAAUUAAGUAAAAUUUGAUUUUCUAGAAGUUCUUUAACACAUAGAUAGAAAAUUUCAUUAGAAAACUGAUAUAUUAAUAAGGAAAAUGUAACUUCACAUCUCAAAGCCUUA